AUUUUUACGUAUAAAUCGAAUACAAUGCAUAAAAUUGUCGUUUGAGUUGCAUAUAGUUCUAACUGCAUAUUUUAAAAUCGUUCUGAUACCAAACGAUCACAAAUAUGAACUUACAAAAAGCAAUCAAUGAAAUUAUUAGAGAAAAUAAUAUACAAAACCCUGAUGUUACAAUUUCACCAGCAACGAGAGGCGGAUACUUUGGAGAUCCAAGUAAAAUUAAGAUAGAAGGAACAAGUGCUGCAAAUGAGAAGAAAUCAUUCCACCUUUUUCUGAAGUCCAUACCUAAAUCAAUGCCAGCAACUCUUCCUGGACAUCAAGCAUACAUGAACGAAAUAACAAUGUACAGAGACGCAUUUCCUACAUUUUCCGAGUUCCAAGAAGAAAAAGGUGUGACAGAACCGUUUGAUAGUACUGUCAAGUGCCAUAAGUGUUCUGAUGUUGAAUUCAAGGAAUUUCUUAUUUUUGAUGACCUCACGGAAAUGGGCUUUGUUCUUUGGGAUAAGAAAAACCCAAUGACGUCACAAUGUAUCGAACUUAUUUUGAAACAAACUGCUAAAUUUCACGCCGUUUCUUUCGCACUUCGUGAUCAAAGGCCUCAAGUGUUUUCAAAUUUAUCAGAGAAACUUUAUUGUAAUACUAUGAUUGAUUUUUUCAAAAAUCCUGACAAUUUACAUUUAUCCAAGUUGAAUUCGGAAAUCGCCUUAGAAUGCAUUGACAAAGUCAAGGAAGAAAACGUUUAUAAGAUCUACAAAAACUUCAUAGAAAACGACUUAAAGACAGCAGCACUUCAUUGUUCAGUUAUGGAUAAAACAGUUAUUAUUCACGGAGACAGGUGGUGCAACAAUUUUAUGUUUAAAUUCGAGGAUUCCCAGAAUAUGAAAAGCAUAAAUAAGGCGGUAUUCCUGGACUGGCAAUGUUCAAGACUAUCGUCACCAGUUGUUGAUUUGUGUUAUUUUCUCUACUGCAAUGCUCCUCAGGAGGUGUUUGACAAUUUAGAUUGUUAUUUGAAACUAUACCACGAUAGUUUAUCAUUAGCUUUAACGGAAAUGGGUACUGAUGUACAAAAAGUUUUCUCAUUCAAUGACCUUCAAAAUCACUGGAAAUUAUAUUCUAAGUUUGGCCUUGUAAUGGCAGCCUCGCUAUUGAAUAUGUACUACAAUCCGAUUCAUAAUGAAGCGCUAGAUAUGGAACAAAUAGGAAGCAAUAAGGAUGAUUUAACGAAAUCCUUUGUAAAUUCGGAUAUUGUGAAAAACGAAAUCUUCAAGGAACGAAUGAGAGGUAUUAUUGUACAUUUUGUAAAUAAUGGAUUUAUUUAAGCUCUCAUUGAUUCUAUGUAAGAAACGAAUUAGAAAUUAUUAUAAAA